AUGUCUGUCUGGGACGGCAUUGAUACGCAGGUUUUCCGGUCCAGAGUCGCAAAUCUUGAUCAGCUAUGUAGGAAUGGCCAUCGCUUCCAAGGGUGUGCAAUCAAUCGGCAUUCGGCCGAAGCCGACCUGACCACGCCUCUUUCCGGAGCGCAAGAACUUCGCCUUGCGGACGACUUUGCCUUCCUAGCAUGUACUACAACAGAACCUGAGGGCGUCUCGGCAGCGGCGGUUCAGUGUUUGGAGCAGCCCUCGCGACUUCAGAUCACUCUUGCUGCUAAUUCAGGCAUACCUAACACUACUGAAAAAGCAUUUAGGACACUAUUGAAUGAUCUUAGUAAACGCGCUAGCGGCAACUUGAGCAGAGAAGAAACAUUUGCUCGAUGCCAAAGGACCAUCAUAGCUAUCCAUCGCGAUCGAAUUCUCGGUCGACUCGGUCUGGUCAAGGCAACUGGCCGGAGACGUGUCGUUAUAAGUGAAAAGCUCACUCUCCUCAUACGAAUCGCCGAAGAGCAACCAAAGCCUGCCAUCGAGACUGUUGAUAACCUGAUAGGUCUGCUCCGUCAGUUCAAACAAGCAAUACGGAGUGUUCAGUCUGCAGUGGCCCACAGCGAUCCUGAACACGGAGCCAUCGGAACCAUCCUCGAGGCGGCAUUGCAAGUCGUGAGUGUCCAUGGCAGCUCCAUAGAACAGCUUUGUUCUAUCGAAAUCCAACCUAGUACAUGCAUCGGUACCCGUGUGAUCAGAGAGCUGCGCGCUCUGGCACUUUACCGACGCAUUCUCAUCGAUUUGAUAAAGAUCGCACGUCAGCAACGCGAAUUGUUCGUAUCAAUUGAGCUCAAUGUGCUCCUGCUACGCCCAGCGCCUUUGGGACAGCAUUCCAGGAAAACCGUCCACGCCGAGUUACAGAUUCUUGUACACUUUGAGCUCCAGCCUCAGCGUCGACCCCGAGUGAUCCGAGCGAGCAAGAAGCCAUGCUUCCUUUGUUACUCCUUUAUGCGCGCCCACGGCGCGUACGAUGUGCCACAGACCCAUGGAGAGGUUUACAAAAACUGGAUGAUACUAGAUAAUAUCAAUUACACACUUGAGGUCCGCAAAAAUAUACGGUCAGCACUGCAAGGCGUUGCCGCCGAUGUCGCUGCUUUGACAUGCGAAACCACAAUCGCUCGUCCAAACAGAAUCUAUCAGCACACGAAUCAGACAGUCAGCAAAAUCCUUGUAGGCGGUGCCACAAGCCUCUCUGCAUCUACUAUAUCGACGCCACCCGCAUCGUUAGAAAAUGAGAUAAUGGACUCGAUCGAGGAACACCCAUCUGCCAUUGUCAUCCCUCCGGGGGUUCGGCCAAUCCUCCCUGCCGAGACCGACGACGAGAACGACCAGCACGAUCGAUCAUGUAAGCUGAUUGACAGCAAGAGAGCAAAUAUCCUGCCAGACGUGUCAUGUGCCUCCCCGCAAAUCUUCCACGAUCAAAAAGUUCUCGAAUGUGAUGUCUCUGCUCAGGAGCCGGGCCACCUUCACGUUCAGGGGAUGGAUCUCUUCCUUGAGCUUGACAGCAAUGGAUCCAGCUACGGCGCUUCAGCGAAGGUGAAGCUGUGUAUUGAAACCGAAAAGUGCUCUUCUUCCCAAGACUUGGCAAAGGUCGAUACUCAGGACCUUCUUGCGGGCGAUAGCAUCAUUGCGGGGACAUCCGAGAGGAAAGAUUUACGAUUUCUGUUGGGUAAUGGCGGGUGUACUUAUAUUGUCGAGAUUGUUUGGUCCUAA